GAGGGGGAAGGGAAGAAAGAAGAGAGGAGAAACACAGAGGACGGACGAGAAGGAAAGUGAAGGGGGGGCUACACCGGGGGAAUGGGAGGGUUUGGGAAGGCGGGUAGGCUGACACCAGGAGUGAGCAGAACGAGGGGGGAGAGCGAAUGAGGAGGCAGACAGGCUCCCAGGGUGAUGUGACAUUUGCCAGGAGAGGAAAGCUGUUUGGCAAGAAUCCUGACAGACAAAAGCUGGAGGAGGAUGGAACAAGAGGGCAGAAUAAAAAGCUCCACUGAUCAUACCCCGCCCCCACAAGGACACCAGGUUAACAACUACCUACAUAGAAGAAAUACCGUCAUAAGAACCAAAAAUCAGUCCCGCCCUUUCAGCUACCUCCAACUGCAGAGGAACCGGUUGCUUAAAAGGAGCCGGCAAAAGCGCCUACGUGGAGGCCAGAGGAGCGGAAGUAGUCAGAUUUGACUGAGAGCCGUAAAGCGCGGCUGGCUCUCGUUUUCCGGAUAACGACUACACCUCCGACUGUCAGUGCCGGCCUUCCUCGUGUAAAGGGAUCUGCCGGACCCUUGCAAAUUCAAUUUCGUUCCCAUUCCGGGCCCUUCCCUAUCGUCGCCCCCUUCACGUUGGAUCAUGUUCAAGAAAUUUGAUGAAAAAGAAAAUGUGUCCAACUGCAUCCAGUUGAAAACCUCAGUUAUUAAGGGUAUUAAGAAUCAGUUGAUAGAGCAAUUUCCAGGUAUUGAACCAUGGCUUAAUCAGAUCAUGCCUAAGAAAGAUCCUGUCAAAAUAGUCCGAUGCCAUGAACAUAUAGAAAUCCUUACUGUAAAUGGAGAAUUACUAUUUUUUAGACAAAGAGAAGGGCCUUUUUAUCCAACCCUAAGGUUACUUCACAAAUAUCCUUUUAUCUUGCCACACCAGCAGGUUGAUAAAGGAGCCAUCAAAUUUGUACUCAGUGGAGCAAAUAUCAUGUGUCCAGGCUUAACUUCUCCUGGAGCUAAGCUUUAUCCUGCUGCAGUAGAUACCAUUGUUGCUAUCAUGGCAGAAGGAAAACAACAUGCUCUAUGUGUUGGAGUCAUGAAGAUGUCUGCAGAAGAUAUUGAGAAAGUCAACAAAGGAAUUGGCAUUGAAAAUAUCCAUUAUUUAAAUGAUGGGCUGUGGCAUAUGAAGACAUAUAAAUGAGCCUCAGAAGGAAUGCACUUGGGCUAAAUAUGGAUAUUGUGCUGUAUCUGUGUUUGUGUCUGUGUGUGACAGCAUGAAGAUAAUGCCUGUGAUUAUGCUGAAUAAAUUCACCAGAUGCUAAAA